CUCUUCUGUAAUCGCUGUGUAAGUUGUAAUCGCUGUGUAAGUUAUUAGCGAUGAUCUCACAAACAAAAUUGACACUAUCAGAAAGAAAUCGUUGGUCUAAACUAAACCGCUCCAUUGUAAAAGGAAUCCAUGGCCGUGCUAAUGACUUGCCCAAUGCACAGUUACAUCGAAGAAGAGCUCGACAAGCGCUUCAACCUCUUCAAACUCUGGCAUUUUCCCUCAUUCGCCGCCUUCGCCCAAGCCCACGGAGCCUCCGUCCGCGCCGUCGUCGGAAGCAUCAAAGUAGGAGUGGAUGCCGCCACCAUCGACUCCUUGCCCAACCUGGAGAUCGUCUCCACCUACAGCGUCGGAUACGACCACAUCGACCUCCCAAAAUGCAGAGAGAGAGGCAUUCCCGUCACCAACACGCCCAACGUUUUGACCGACGAUGUCGCCGAUCUCGCCAUCGCCCUUGCCUUGUCCCUCUUCUGCACAAUCUCUCACUCCCCUCGCCGCAACCCCGCUCCUCACCUCACACCAAAGCUUAGUGGUAAAUCAGUUGGAAUUAUUGGACUGGGAAGGAUUGGGAUGGCAAUUGCGAAGAGAGCUGAAGCUUUUGGGUGCCCAAUCAGCUACCAUUCGAGAAGUGUAAAAGCAGAGUCAGGUUAUAGAUAUUACUCUAAUGUUCUUGACCUAGCCGCUGACUCUGAAGUACUGGUUGUGGCCUGCACCCUCACCGAAGAAACCCGUCACAUCGUGAACCGUGGAGUUAUGGAUGCACUGGGCCCAAAGGGUAUUUUGAUCAAUAUUGCGCGAGGCCCGCACGUGGAUGAGCCCGAACUUGUAUCCGCGUUGACCGAAGGAAGACUAGGUGGUGCGGGCCUGGACGUGUUUGAGAAGGAGCCAGAGGUGCGUGAAGAGUUACUAAGGCUUGAGAAUGUUGUGUUGACUCCUCAUGUGGGGACUGACACGGUGGAAACCUGCAUGGCAAUGGGAGAUCUCGUGAUUGCAAACUUAGAGGCACACUUCCUUGGUAAGCCCCUUGUGAGUCCAAUCAUUUAAUGCUUCUUUUCUUUACAUUACAUUACAUCACUCAUUCAUGUUCACUUCAUUCUUGCUUUAGCUUCUGAACUUAAUCAGUUUUACUAAACAUUUUAUUUUAUCCUAAUUUUUUAUUAAUUUGUUAGUUUUUUCAGUAGUUCUUUUCUUUCCCGUAACUCUAUUUAUUUUUUCUGCUGUACUGUUGUAGUAAGAAACGUUCAUGCUGCACUUCGUGUUCCUCUUUUGUAGUCUUUAAGACCGAAAAAUGGAGAAAAAAAAAACCCAGGUGCAGCUCAAAUUCUUGACUGAAGAAAAUUCUAGUCACACCAGCAAACACGUGUUUGAAUUAGAAUUUACAAACUUCAUUUUAAAUGAUUUUAUAAACUAAUUUUAUUUUAGUUAAAAUAGCUUUGAACAAAAUUGAUUAUUGUCUCAGAUGUCUUUUAAAAAAGUAUUUUUAUCGUAAUAAAUUUUGUGUUAGUAAUGUCUCAAAAAAGUACUUUAAGAUUUAUUAAUGGAAAAAUGAUUUUUUACUUUGAUGGUGAAUUGAUAUUUUUAUGAUAGAACUUAUAAGUUUGAAACCGUAAACUUUCCUUUUAUGUUGAAUUUAAACUUAGAACUCAAGCCACGUUUCAACGGAAUAUUUCUACACACAAGUUUAUUUAAAGUUAAGAUUUAAUUUAUUGCAUUAAGCAGGUAUAUUAUUUCAUAAUAUAGAUAUUUUAAAUAUCCUUCUUUUAUUUUUCCUUCUGGCCCAUCCGCACCAACCAUUGUCCUUGUUUCUUAUCCCAAAAUAUCGUUAAAAUAUAUCUAAAGAGGAAAAGUAGGAAAAGGAAAAGCACUGAACGACCCCACUCAUCAAACAAAAUAUCAUGACCCAAUUCCAGAACUUUCUUUUCAUAUCUAAUUUCAGUUUCAUUAAUACUUCAUCCUUUAUCUUCUUUCUGGUACAACCAAGACGCAUCCUCUUUCUGAUAAUAUCCACAAUAUGAAGAGAAAUUUAAGAGGACCUUAUCCAAAGCAGCAAGAGAAGAACUGAAGAACAGGAACUUAUAUAUCGUUAUAUACAAAAUGAAAAAGAACAUCAUUAUAACCCUGCACUGCAUCCUUCGAAACAUUAAAAGGGUCCAAUUCCCCAAGCAUGAAAAUAUAGUCAGAUAUGAUCAGAAGCCCCUUUGAAGAUGAGGAAAUUGAGAGUCUCCAGGGUAAAGUAGACGAAGGUUCCCUUGGAAUGGGUGAAAAAGCACCCAAAACUCGAUCCCACCACACACUGCCAUCCAGAACCAUGCUUCGUGUCAAACUCCUAUCAGUCCAACAAAAACCAUAAACUCCGUCAACCACCAACCUCAAACUCGUGUUACAGAAAAAGUUACACUGAAAUUAGUCUCCAAGAACAACAACACAUGCAAUGGAUGGCAGAAAAAUGUUACCUUUUUAAUGUGGGCAGCAAUGGAUGUGCAGUCCAGAACAUCAUAGAGAUCAAGAGCUUCAGAAGCAGAUGCCAUGGCUUGGAUCUGCAUCUUGAGGGGCAUGUCAGUAUCCUCUAUCACAGCUUUACCUUCCAACAUGGUUUCUCACACCCUUUCUCUUUUCUAAGAAAGUGAGCAAUAGCAAUAACAUAUCACUCUAUAUAUGAUGUCACAAUUUUCCUUUGUGAGGGAAUAACCCAAAUGACCAAAACUUUUUCUGUCCUCACUUCUGCUACCUCACACAUUUUGGACUCAUUAUAUAAAUGGACAUUCAUGAAUAACUCCCUCUCUCCUCAUUUUUUGUCAUUCUGGUGACUCACUCAGUCAUAGAGUCCUACCAUGACAAAAUUUAUGCGAAAGAAGAGUGAGGAGCUAAGGAUAAAGGCGGUGAGGCCAUAAAUAAAAGGAAUUUUCUCAGUUUCGUC